AUGUCACGGAUGGGAAGACAUCGUCUACAUACUUCGGUGGAUGUCGACGCUCUCGAUGGCAAACAACCGUCGAGAAAGCUGAGUGCCGACUCGAUCGCUCGCAAGGCAUCGUUUGCAAACGCAAAAGUG